GCGUUCGGCGCGCAAACCCUCAUUGAGCCCUCGCUAAGUCUAGGCGGACCUCUAGACUCAGGCCAGGUUGAUAUUGUGCCCGAGAUCAUUGGUCCAGGUGAGAUUCUCGCAUGCCUCAUGUCUUUUUCGACCGCGGCUAUGAAGAUACCCGUGGCGUGGUGGGGAGCUGUCUUCAUGGGGAUGGGGAUCUGUGUCUAACUACUGACACAGUAUGCUCGUUGAAUUCAGUCGUCCAUUACAGAUUUUUGCUUGAGCCAUGUUAUCCGUACAAGCAAGACUGAAUGAAUCGUUGAACCAAAGCUGUUCUUGAACACUUGGAAGCCAUCUCCUCGAUAUCCUGGUCCAUUCUCUACGAUGGACAUCCUGUCGCUGCGAAGAUAUCUCCCCACCAGCCCAUCUCUGGCUCUUCUCACAAUCACCAGCACAUCCCUCAUCAUCUAUGUCUUUGUGCUUUCCGUCUACCGUCUAUACUUCCAUCCCAUUGCGCACUUUCCAGGUCCCAAGCUCGCCGGUCUGACAAGAUGGUACGAGUUCUACUACGAGCUGGUCAAGAAAGGCCAGAUGACAUUUCACAUUCAAGAACUCCAUAAGAAAUAUGGCCCGAUAGUCCGAGUAACACCAAAUGAACUACAUGUGCUUGACUCCGACUAUUUCGAAGAACUCUACGUCAAGUCUGGCAAACUGGACAAAUAUGCUCCGUUUUCAGCUCGAUUUGGUACCGACGACACUUUCUUCACGGCACCAUCUCACGAGUAUCACCGCCGACUGCGCAACUCAGUCGCGCCCUACUUCUCCAAGCGCAAGAUCAUGGACUUCCAACCAGUCAUUCGUGCCAAGUUGGACACACUCUGCUCCAAGAUUGCCGAGUACGCUGGAACAGACAGAGUACUGCCCCUGCACCGGGCUUGGACUGCAUUGACUGGAGAUGUUGUGACGGAAUUCUGCUUCGCCAAAGCAUACAAUCACCUUGACUCGCCGGAUUUUGAGGAGACCUUCCACGAGCCUAUGCAUGCUGCAUGCGAAUCGUCCAGCGUGCUGAUGCAAUUUCCAUGGCUGUGGCCCAUAAUGAACAGCUUGCCGGACUGGGUAGUUGUACGGGUCGAACCAAAGAUGCACAUGCACAUCCAGGUGCAGCACGACUUCGAGCGCACCAUUUCGGCACUGAAACAAGACCAUGACGAGACCCAUAAGUCCGUAGACCAUGCCACCCUCUUCCACGAAAUGCUCAACAGUGAUCUCUCACCCAAGGAGAAAUCCGUCAGCCGCAUGGUACAAGAAGCACAAGUCAUUAUUGGGGCCGCCAUCCUGACCACCUCCUGGGCCGCGGCCGUUGCAAGUUUCCACAUCAUCAACAAUCCGGCCAUAUUCAACGAGUUGAGGGCCGAACUCGAAGAAGCGAUCCCUGACCCGAACACAAAACCGGAUUGGCAGAACCUCGAACACCUGCCAUAUUUGAAUGGAUGUAUCAAAGAAGGGAUUCGCCUAGCCUAUGGCAUCGCAUCACGUCUGCCUCGCGUAGCACGGACAGACUUGAAGUACAAGGAAUGGACAAUCCCGGCCGGUACGCCGGUUUCCAUGACGAUUGUGGACAUGAACCACGAUGAAGAGGUCUUCCCACAGUCACGAUCGUUCAUCCCCGAGCGCUGGCUGAAUAAUCCGACGACAAAAGAUGGUCAGAGUCUGGACAGGUAUUUCGUCGGCUUCGGGAAAGGUGCCAGGUCGUGUAUUGGUCUGAAGUACGUUUCUUCCAGCCCUCAUCAUCUUGUAUGCUGACACGUAGCAGUCUUGCCCAGGCGGUAUUGUACAUGGGUCUUGCAGCUGUCUUCAGGAAAUUUUCUUUCGAGUUGUAUGAGACCGACGUGUCGGAUACAAUUCUUGCUCAUGAUUACUUUGUGCCGACAGUGAAGCUGGACACCAAAGGUAUCAGGGUGAAGGUGAAGUCGGUUGAGAAGUAGCACAAUGUCGACUAAACCCAUGCCCUAUUACUAAGGUGAUGGGGCCUAAAGGCGGUCGGUAGUCCAUGAAACAUUCAUGUAUACGAUGUAGAUAGGACUGAAGUCGAAGUUGCAAGCCCCUUGAUACUCCAGCAUUGAUCCGCGAACAGCAACUUUGUCAAGCUGGCGGCAAGAAGGAUGCAUAUAGCCCAGCUUGAAUGAGCGCGUAGAGAAUCAUCCAACGUAUAAUGACAGAUGCGCAUUUCGGCCGGUCCCUAGCGCUUGCUGCUAACCAG